AAACCAGCGACACACAACACAAACGUGACCAGUUUCAAUAAUUUUUGGUCUGUCUGGUCUCAAACACAUUUCUCAUCUCAAUCUCAAAACCCAUCAUCAUCAUGGUUGAAACUAGAAGCAGUUCCUCUUCUUCCAAACGUCCUCUCUCUUCUCCUUCAUCAUCUCCUUCCAACACAAAAAAACGAUCCAAGGUCUCAAAGAAUGUUUCAUCUAAGGUUAAUCCCUCACCGUUGGUCAACGAAUCUGGUGAACGAGAGAGAAGACCAUCUGAUCUGUCAGAAAUGGCUGUUGAUGGUAACAAUGACAAGUCUUCUUCUCUUCCAAACGAAGAUGAAGCUUUGGUGUCUCCUCCUCAGUGUAUAGAAUCAGGUCAAAUUGCUGAGAAAUCAAAGGUAUUACCGCCGUUAUCUCGGUCGAAGAAACGCUGCACAAAAUCUAAUUCUAAGUCAGCUUGGGGGAAGCUCAUUUCUCAAUUUUCUGAGAACCCUCACCUGCCCAUGUGUGAUCCUAUCUACACUGUUGGCCAAUGUCGUCAAUGUAAUUUAUGGCUGAAAGAUCCCUCUGUUAGUAAUGUUUUGUGCAAAUUGAGCCAUAUAGAGCAUGGAGGUUCAUCUGUUGCAUUGCUGGAAAUCAUAGGGAAUUGUGGUGCUGUGAAAGUUAAUGGAAAGAUGUGUGGGAAGAAAUCCCGUCAUAUUUUAAGUGGAGGUGAUGAAGUUGUCUUUGGUGUUUCCGGCAAGCAGGCUUAUAUCUUUCAGCAGCUCAAUAAUAACAUCACUACUGCCAAUAUACCUUCUCCUGUGACCAUUUUAGAAGCCCAGGGUGCUUCAAUAACUGGAACGCAACUUGAUGCAAGAUCUGGAGACCUGUCGUCUGUUGCUGGAGCUUCAAUAUUGGCCUCUUUUUCUGAACUUAAUGAAGAUUUAUCCAUGAUUUCCCCUUCUUCUAACACUAGCAAGAACAUGCAGCAGAAGACUGAUGUUUCAUCACUACCUGCCGGCAAUGGAGAUGAUAAGGCAAACACUGACAUGAAGCACAACAUCAUUAAUGACGAACCAGAUAGAGUUUUUUCUGCUGAGGAAACUGGUCUUCCGUCCUCUACCACCGUUAAUGAAGAUCCAAAUGUUGUUGCUGUAGAAGUCAAUGCUGGUGUGGAUGCAGAUGUUGGGAAGAUGACUGCUGCUUCCUGCAAAUUGAGACCAUUAUUGCACAAGCUUUCUGGAUCAUGUCCUGAAUUUGAUUUGAGUGGCAACAUUGCCAAGAUAUUGGAAGAACGUAAGGAAUUAAAGGAACUCCUUAAAGAUGUUGAUACCCCGACAAUAUUGACAUCGCCCAAGCAACAAGCAUUAAAGGAUAGCUUACAGAUGAGAAUUCUCAAUGCUGAGAAUAUUGAUGUUUCCUUUGAAAGUUUCCCAUAUUAUCUAAGUGAUACAACAAAGAAUGUUUUGAUUACUUCUGCAUACAUUCAUUUGAAGUGCAAUGGCUCUGGAAAAUAUGUUUCAGAACUUCCGUCGCUGUCCCCACGGAUAUUGUUAUCUGGUCCUGCAGGCUCUGAAAUAUAUCAGGAGACUCUGUCAAAGGCACUUGCAAAACAUUUUGGUGCGUGGCUACUAAUUGUGGAUUCUCUUUCACCUCCUGGUCGAACACCAUUGAAGGAAGUUGAUUCUACUAAAGAAAUUCCAAUUCCAAGGACUGAAAGAACAUCUAUGUUUACCAAGAGAAGUACUCCGGCUGCUACAAUACAUAUACAGCAUAAGAAACCAGCUUCUAGUGUUGAUGCCCAAAUUAUAGGUGGAUCCACAUCUAGUUCACAGGCUGUACUGAAGCAAGAAGUUUCUACGGCAUCAUCAAAAGGCAGUGCUUUUAAAACAGGUGAUCGAGUAAAAUAUGUUGGCGACUUCCCUUCUGCUGCCUCAUCACCACAAGUUUUUCCUUCAAGGGGACCAAGUUAUGGUUGCCGGGGCAAAGUUCUCCUUGCUUUUGAAAAUAAUGGGUCUUCAAAAAUUGGAGUUAGAUUUGAGAAAUCAAUUCCAGAUGGAAAUGAUCUUGGAGGGCUCUGCGAAGAUGACCGUGGGUUCUUUUGUUCUGCCAAUCAUUUGGUACUGGUAGAUGGUUGUGGAGGGGAUGACUCUGGAAAAGUUGCUAUUAAUGAAAUCUUUGAGAUUGCCUCUAGUCUGAGUAAAAGUGGAGCCCUAGUGUUGUUGAUUAAAGAUAUAGAGAAGGGUGUGGCUGGGAACUCAGAAGUUUUAAAAAGUAAAUUUGCAAGCUUGCCACAGAAUGUUGUAGUAAUUGGUUCACAUAUCCACCCGGACAAUCGUAAAGAGAAGACCCAACCUGGCAGCCUUCUGUUUACAAAAUUUGGAGGCAAUCAGACAGCACUACUUGAUCUUGCUUUUCCGGAUAACUUUACGAGGCUGCAUGAUAGGAGCAAAGAAACCCCCAAAGUAAUGAAGCAACUCAACAGGUUUUUCCCAAACAAAGUUACAAUACAGCUGCCUCAGGAUGAGGCUUUACUUUCUGAUUGGAAACAGCACCUAGAACGUGAUGUAGAAACUAUGAAAGCUCAGUCCAACGUUGUCAGCAUUCGCUUGGUCCUCAACAAGUUUGGAUUGGAUUGCCCUGAACUUGAGACUCUUUCCAUCAAAGAUCAAACUCUGACAACUGAAAAUGUGGAGAAGAUUAUUGGCUGGGCAAUAAGUUACCAUUUUAUGCAUUCAUCUGAAGCUUCUACCGAAGAAUCAAAGCCUGUGAUAUCUGCAGAGAGCAUUCAGUAUGGGUUUAACAUUCUACAGGGUAUUCAAAAUGAGAACAAGAGCGUAAAAAAAUCAUUGAAGGACGUAGUUACUGAAAAUGAAUUUGAGAAAAAAUUGCUUGGUGAUGUUAUUCCACCAACUGAUAUUGGGGUCUCAUUCAAUGAUAUUGGAGCUUUAGAAAAUGUUAAGGACACCUUAAAGGAAUUGGUCAUGCUUCCUCUUCAAAGGCCUGAAUUAUUUUGCAAAGGACAACUAACUAAGCCUUGCAAGGGAAUAUUGCUUUUUGGCCCCCCUGGCACGGGAAAAACAAUGCUUGCAAAGGCGGUAGCAACCGAAGCUGGAGCAAAUUUCAUUAACAUCUCCAUGUCUAGCAUUACUUCGAAGUGGUUUGGUGAAGGAGAAAAAUAUGUCAAAGCAGUUUUUUCUCUGGCCAGCAAAAUUGCUCCAAGCGUUAUUUUUGUUGAUGAGGUUGAUAGUAUGUUGGGGAGACGUGAAAAUCCUGGUGAGCACGAGGCUAUGCGUAAAAUGAAGAAUGAGUUUAUGGUUAAUUGGGAUGGUCUACGUACAAAAGAUAGAGAGCGUGUACUUGUUCUUGCUGCCACAAACAGGCCUUUUGAUCUUGAUGAGGCUGUUAUUAGGAGGCUUCCUCGAAGAUUGAUGGUUAAUUUGCCAGAUGCAGCAAACAGAGAAAAAAUUAUGAGAGUCAUUUUAGCAAAAGAAGAAUUGGCGCCUGAUGUUGAUUUGGAAGCAUUAGCAAAUAUGACUGAUGGAUACUCCGGAAGUGACCUAAAGAAUCUGUGCGUCACUGCCGCGCACUGUCCAAUAAGGGAGAUCUUGGAGAAGGAAAAGAAGGAGAGAACCUCUGCAUUGGCUGAGAACAAGCCUUUACCUAGAUUGUGUAGCAGUGCCGACAUUCGUCCCUUAAAGAUUGAAGAUUUUAAAUAUGCACACGAGCAGGUGUGUGCAAGCGUGUCAUCAGAUUCAACAAAUAUGACCGAACUUCUCCAAUGGAAUGACCUCUAUGGAGAAGGUGGAUCGAGAAAAAAGACAUCUUUGAGCUAUUUCAUGUAA